AUGAAAGAGGAAUACCUCGAUUUUCCGCUGCUCUUCGACGACAAGACCAAAACGCAGCACUUCAUAACCCAGGGUCUGCGGCUGUACGCCGAAACGGCCGAGUUUUGCUCGCACGAGCAGUUUCUGGACAUUUACGAGCUCACGCACAACGUCGACCUGUUCCUCGAAACGCUCUCGUUCCCGUGCCGCACACUGUGCCAGCUGCUCGGCGUGCUGCUCGUUGGGGCCCGCUACAACCCACACUGCACACCCGAGACCUACGGCGUGCUCCACCGCGAGUUCUCGCGCGUCGGGCUUUUCACGGAGGACUGCAUGGAGCUGAUCCAGGCCCGCCUGCUGUUGCUCGAGCACUACGUGUACUCGCUCAAGAUGGAGUCCACGUGGUCGCUGCUGUUCAGCAUCGUGUGCGCCGCGUACGCUCUGGGGUAUCACGUGCGCGAAACGGGCAACCACGCCGACGAGCGCAAAUUUGUGCUCUGGCGCACCAUCGUCUUCUACGACUGCCUCAUCGGGUCCACGAACGGCCGCCCGAACGCCACGUCGUGUCUUCUGGACCCGGCCUCGUCCAUGCUGUGCGACUUGAUCCACCUCUACCGCGACACCAACCGCGCGUUCCAGGCCUACGGAAAAGACCCGGCGCUCUACGAGGCCCAGAUUCUGCCGCUGGACAGCCGCAUGUCCGCCGUGCUCGACCGCAAAACCGACACAGACCCGCUCCUCCUUCGCAGCUACCGCCUCCUGAUCCUCACCAACCAGAUCAAACUCCACUACCCGUUCUUACGUAAGCACAGAUAUUCGCAGUACCAGCUGAACGGGCUGCUGUGCGCGUUUUCGUACGAGUUUGUGGAUUUUGUGCGGUUUGCCACGGAGAAUGCGCCCGUGUCCUACGUUAAGUUGCGCGAGUCGUUCCCGUUCGUGUCCUGCCAUACGUACCAGACCCUGGCGAUUGUGAUUGCCUGUAUUAAAAAAGACCUACAUGUUCUGGAGCCGCGGCUGUUCCAGUCGUUCCUGCUGAUGAGCGAGCGGCUGCAUGCGUUCGCCGACUUCCUGGACACGGACGAGCCGCUCAAACAGAUUUUGGGCACGCUGCACGAGCUUGCAGGGCCGCAGAGCCAGCACUCUGUCGCGCCGCUACCGAUCGAAAACCACUCCAGCUUCGUCCACGAUGACCCGUUUUUCUUCCAGAUGUUCUAUGCCAAGGAGGGGUGA